UUUUUUUUUUUUUUACCAAAUUUUUGUAUAAAUCUUGCAAACCAACUUUCUGUAUAUAGUGUGGACAGUUUAGUUUUUUUUUCGCCUUUUCACCCUUUUACAGGGUUCGAAACAUUCAAAGUGUGUUUGUGUUAAAAAUUCUAUAAUAAUCAUCAACAUCAAUUUUUUCCAAAAAAAUGGCCGAUUUUUUCGAUCGUGAAGCCGUAUCAUCUGAAGGUAGUGAAGAUGAAGAGGUACGUGAAGAUAUUCGUCGUCAUAAAAAACUAAAAACCCAUAAAAAAACAAGAGUUGGUUCGGAUGAAGAUUCAGAAGAAGAAGAAGAAGAUGAUGAUGAAAUAAUCGCACGGGAAAUGAAAGAUUUGAUCAAUGAUGAUGUCGAAGAAGAAGAAGAUGAUGAUGAUGUUGAUUCCGAAGAUGAUAUUGGUCGUGGUCAUAAACGUUCACAUGAUGAUGAUGAUCUGGAAGAGGAUUUAGAAGAUGAUGAUUAUGAUUUGCUUGAAGAAAAUCUUGGUCGUCGAAUUGAACGAAAGAAAAAAUUUCGUCGUGUACGUCGACUUGAAGAUGACGAUGAAGAUGAUGAAGAGGAUCGUGGUGAUACAUUGAAUGCACGUGAAGCUAUAGCCAAUGAAUUAUUCGAUGAUGAUGAUGGUUUCGGCAACGCAGAUCAACAACAAUUGAAUCGUGCACAAAAUCGAGGCAUUCGUGAACCGAGUGAUGAUCAAUUUGCUCCCAUAGAUUCCGAACAUUCAGAAUCGGAUGAAGAUAAUUUUAUUGUCGAUGAUAAUGAUCAGCCGAUUGUGGCGAAGCAACGAUCCAAACGUGGCGUUGGUUACAAUGAUCAAGCAUUGCAACAAGCACAGGAUAUAUUCGGAGUCGAUUUUGAUUUCGAUGUAUUUGAUGAUAAUGCCGAAUUCGAUGAAGAAGAAAUGGAAGAAGAUUAUGAUGAAGAAGGUCUUGAAGAUCGUGCUCGCGAAACGGGUAAAAAGAAACGACAAAGAUUGCCCAAAAAAAGUAUAUUCGAUCUCUAUGAACCGGCUGAAUUAGAACGUAGCCAUCUUACUGAAGCUGAUAAUGAAAUACGUAAUACAGAUGCUCCAGAACGUUUUCAGACACGAUCAUUCCCAGUUACAGCAGCCGAAUUGAAUGAAAUUCGUGAUGAAUCUGAAUGGAUAUAUAGGAAUCUUUAUGAAAUGCCAACGAUAACGAAACAGGAUAAAAGUCAUGGUAUACGACAACCAUUGGCUGGUGCAAAACCACGAUCAACAAUCAAUGUCAUAUCACAAGUAUUGAAAUAUAUUCGAAAUGAAAAAUUGAGCAUACCGUUUUUAGCCUAUUAUCGUAAAGAAUAUUAUGCACCAGAUUUAUCCAUCAAUGAUUUAUGGCUCAUAUUCAAUUGGGAUGAAAAAUGGUGUCAAUUGAAUGAAAGAAAAAGAAAUCUAUUGAAAUUAUUGGAAAAUAUGAAAGAUUAUCAAUUAUCAUUGAUGAUGAAAAAUACUGAAGACGAUCAACCAUUACCGGAUGAUUUUCGUCGCAUAACCGAUAAAGAUUUGCAACGUGCAAAAUCAAUACAAUCAUUUGAAGAAUUUAAUGAUUGUUAUAUCCAAUUUCAAUUGUAUUAUAGUCAUGAAUUAACUGAUAUGAAAAAGUUUUUAUUACAACAAAAACGUUCAGCACGUGAACGUAAACGUUUACAACGGGCCCAAGAACGUCAACAACAGCAACAACAACAACAACAACAACGUAAUACAGAAAAUGGUGAAAGUGUGAAUAAUGAAACUAAUGACAUGAAUAAUGCAACCACUGAAGAAUUGAGUGAUGAAGAUGAAAAAGUGGAAGAAUUGAUGCUUGCUGAACGUAUGACUUUUAUGCGUUUAUCAAUGAAAAAAGAUUCGUAUUCAUUUUGUCGUGAUUCCGGUGCUGGACGAAUGGCAUCCAGAUUCGGCCUAACACCAGAACAAUUUGGUGAACAUAUAUCCGAAGGUUAUCAUAAACAUGAAAUCGAACAACAUCCAGUGGAUCCAUUAGAAGCAGCACAAGAACAUAUUAGCAAACGUUUUGAUACGGCCGAUAAAGUUUUACAAGCAGCCACAUUUAUGGUCGGCAAACAAUUGUCCUGUGAUCCAUUAGUUCGUAAAACUGUACGGCAAAUGUUUUAUGAACGUGCUACAAUCACAGUGAGACCGACGAAAAAAGGAAAAAAAGAAAUUGACGAAUCACAUUCAUGUUAUGCAUUGAAAUAUCUACGAAAUAAGCCAAUUUCAAGUUUUGCUGGUGAUCAAUUUCUUCAAUUAUAUGCCGCUAAAAAUGAUGGUCUUGUCGACAUGAUCAUCACGUUGGAUGAUAAUACGCAAAAACAUUCAUCAUCAAUGUCCACUGCAUCAACCAGUAUGAUGGCGAAUGAUUUGGCAACGAAUAAACAAGCAUUUUCACAGUAUUUAGAAGAGAUUAAAUAUCUUUAUCAAAGGGAUGAAUUCAGUAAAAAUGUACAAGAUUGGAAUGAUCAACGUUCGAAAGCAUUGGAUAUAGCUUUGAAUCGUUUUUUAUAUCCAUUUUUACUCAAAGAAUUAACAACGAAAAUUUUGUCUGAAGCACAACAUACAAUCAUACAGCAUUGUGGCGAUAAAUUAGCAUCAUAUCUUGCCAUUGGUCCAUAUGUUCCAGCUUUCAUACAGGAAGAUAAGGAUCAUGAUGAAAGUUAUGAUAAUGAUUUCGAUACACGUAACGGUAUCCGAAUAAUGGGUUUUGCACACGUGCCAAACAAUGAAGAAGCUAGCUUUUGUGCAUUGAUUGAUGGUGAUGGUGAAGUCACUGAUUACAUAAAACUUGAACAUUUUAUGCUAAAACGUGUCGAAGGUGGUUCCUUUAGUUACAAGGAUCGUGAAAAACUUCAAAAUUUUAUUGUAUCGAAAAAACCACAUGUAAUCGCAUUGGGCACCGAUACGAUUGUCACAAAAGAUAUUAUGGAUGAUCUUAUUCAAAUGAUUCGCCAUCUGCAUGAUACUAAACAUUUUCCACUCAUACCCAUCGAAUAUGUUGAUUCUGAAUUAUCCAUAGUUUAUAUGAAUACUAAACGUGCGAACGCUGAUUUUCCUACUUAUCCAUUGAAACUACGGCAAGCCAUUUCAUUAGCACGACGAUUACAAGACCCAUUACUGGAAUUUGCUCAAUUAUGUUCGGCUGAUGAAGAAAUUCUUUGCUUGAAGUUACAUCCACUUCAGGAUAGUGUACCACGUGAAACAUUACUCAAUGCACUUUUUGCAGAAUUUGUAAAUCGUGUCAACGAAGUCGGUGUUGAUAUUAACAAAUGUAUAAUACAUCCUUAUACAUCAUCAUUGAUACAGUUUAUCGGUGGUCUUGGUCCACGUAAAGGUGCAUAUCUACUACGAACAUUGAAAAAACAGCAAACACAAUUGCUGGAGAAUCGAUCUCAACUCAUACAGAACUGUAACAUUGGUAAAAUUGUUUUCAUCAAUUGUGCCGGUUUCAUCAAAAUCGAUACAAAUGCAUUUGCCGAUUCGGGUACCGAUACUUAUAUUGAAGUUUUGGAUAGUACACGUGUUCAUCCAGAAGCAUAUGAAUGGGCUAGAAAAAUGGCCGUCGAUGCACUAGAUUAUGACGAAGAUAAUGAUCAUAAUCCUGCACAAGCAUUGGAAGAGAUUAUUGAAAAUCCGGAAAAACUUCGUGAUUUGGAUCUGGAUGAAUUCGCCAAAGAACUUCAUCGACAACAAUUUGGUCUUAAAAAACAAACAUUGUAUGACAUUCGAACGGAAUUAACUGAUCGUUACCAGGAUAAACGGAAACCGUAUCGACCACCAAAUGAUGAGGAAAUAUUUCAACUUUUGACUGGAGAAAAUCUCACUACAUUCCAUACUGGACGAUUAGUGCAAGUUCGUGUUGCAGGAAUUGUACGACGAAAACCUAAAACUGAACAGGUUGAUCAAGCACAGCCAAUUCGUAUGGAAACCGGACUUUGGAAAUGUCCAUUCUGUCUAAAAGACGAUUUUAAUGAAUUGGGUGAAGUAUGGAAUCAUUUUGAUACGAAUCAAUGUCCUGGACAAGCAUUUGGUGUUCGUGCACGACUAGACAAUGGCCUUACCGGUAUUAUACCGUUGAAAUUUCUUUCGGAUAAAGAGGUAUCGGAUCCACAAACAAGAGUUAAAAUGGGCAUGACAAUCAAUUGUCGAAUAUUGAAAGUGAUAAUCGAAAGGUUUUCACUCGAAUUAACUUGCCGUACAUCUGAUUUGAUUGAUGCAAAUAAUCGAUUUAAACCAGCCAAAGAUAAUUACUAUGAUUUUGAUUCUGAAGAUCGUGAUAUACGAUCAGAAGAGGAUAGUAAAAAACGUAAAAAUCGACAGAGAACAUUUAUGAAACGAAUCAUUGUACAUCCAUCGUUUCAUAAUAUUGAUUUCAAAAAAUCCGAACAAAUACUGGCCGAAUCACCACAAGGUGAAGCUGUCAUACGACCAUCAUCGAAAGGCAAUGAUCAUUUAACAUUGUCAUGGAAAGUACAUGAUGGUAUACAUCAGAAUAUUUCCAUCCGUGAAGAAGGAAAAACUAAUGCCUUUUCAUUGGGACGACAACUAUUCAUUGAUAAUGAAUCAUUCGAAGAUUUAGAUGAAAUCAUUGCCCGUUAUGUACAACCGAUGGCUGGUUUUGCACGUGAUUUGAUAAAUUUUAAAUACUUUCGUGAUCUUAAUGGUGAUCGUCAUGCAGCUGAAAAAGUGUUGAAUGAAGAAAAACAAAAGGCGCCAUCACGUAUACCGUAUAUUGUAUCUGCAUCAAAAGAAUUUCCUGGAAAAUUUCUAUUAUCUUAUCAACCGAAUCAAAAAGCUUUCCAUGAAUUUAUAACGGCUACACCGGAUGGAUUUAAGUAUCGUAAUAAUAUGUUUAAAUCGAUAAAUACAUUGUUUAAAUGGUUUAAAGAUCAUUAUAAAGAUCAUUCAACAUUUACUCGGACACCUGGACCACAAACACCAAUUAUUAAUGCUAGUCCAUAUAUUUCACAACGUACACCACAAGCUACAACAUCACCAUAUGUUAGCGGUAGUAAUAUAUCAUCAUCGAAUAAACCGGGAUUUGUUCCAACACCCAAUAUCAAUCCACAAGCUAUACAACGGGCAGCCCAAUCAAUGCCCAAUCAUCUGUUUAAUACACUAUCACAAGUGACGGGACAAACAUCAUCAUUUAAUGGAAAUUUUGCACCCACAUCGAAUGUUCAAUUAGCGGCCAGUGGUAAUUUCAAUGUAACGCAAAGAAAUAAUGUAUUUCCUGCUACAGCAGCCGCUGGUGGUAGUCUUCCUUAUUCCGCCGGCCAAACUAACAUGAUGCCACCACCACCACCACUUCCACCAGUACCUAAUACAAUACCGGUACAAAAUAAUCGUCCAGGUUCACGUGGUGGUAAUCAAUGGUCUGAUCUUCUGAAACAACCAUCAACAACGGAUUGGCAUUCGAAUCGUAAUAAUCAUCAUCAUAAUAAUCGAACAAUGCCACCGCCACUACAACCACCACUAUUACCAUCAUCAUCAUCAACGUCAUUACAACAAUCAUCAAUGAUGAUUUCACCAUCAUCAAACAAUAUAAUACCAUUGAUGAAUAAACCACGAACACCGGGCUAUUCAACACCAGGUGCAUCAUCACAGAUGUCCAUUAGUCCAAUGCAAGAAGAUACGACUGCAACACCAAAUAUAAUCAAAGGUGGUGAUCAAACACCAUUAGUAGAUGAAUGGAAUUGAUCUAUUUUUUUCGAUAAUAUUCAUGCUUAUUUGACUUUUUUACCCAUACAUACUCAAACACACACACACACACACACACACGAAAAAUUAGAAAAUUAAAAAAUACUGUACAAUUAUCUCACGCAUGUGGAGUGAAAGAAUGAAAUUAUUUUUUGUUUUUUUUUCUCUAAAUGAAUUAAAAAAAAUAUAUAUAAUAAAACAG